CUAUCCGUCUCCCAGAUCCAACCUGCACUGCCUCCAACUCUCAAUCAUUCUCUCUCUCGUUCACCUCAUGGCUUCCGAAGAUUCUCUCUCCUCAAAUCCUCUGUUGCAAAACUUCGAGUUCCCUCCGUUCGACGUCGUCGACGCUCACCAUGUCAGGCCCGGGAUCCGUGCUCUGUUGCACCAGCUCGAAUCUGAAUUGGAGCAGCUAGAGAAAACGGUGGAGCCGUCAUGGCCAAAACUGGUGGAGCCGUUAGAGAAGAUUAUUGAUCGGUUAACUGUUGUUUGGGCGAUGAUCAAUCACCUUAAGGCUGUCAAGGACACUCCGGAGCUUCGUGCUGCCAUUGAAGAAGUUCAGCCAGAGAAAGUGAAGUUCCAGCUCAGGUUGGGGCAGAGCAAACCCAUUUACAAUGCAUUUAAGUCUAUUCGAGAAUCUCCGGACUGGGAUACACUGAUUGAAGCUCGUCAACGAUUAGUAGAAGCACAAAUAAAGGAGGCGGUUCUCAGUGGUAUUGCUCUUCAAGAUGACAAGAGAGAAGAAUUUAACAAAAUUGAACAGGAACUGGAAAAACUUUCCCAUAAGUUUUCUGAGAAUGUUUUGGACGCUACAAAGAAGUUUGAAAAGUUGAUAACAGACAAGAAAGAGAUCGAGGGGUUACCACCAUCUGCACUUGGGCUAUUCGCACAAGCAGCUGUUUCCAAGGGAAAUGAGAAUGCAACUGCUGACGCUGGACCAUGGCUCAUUACACUGGAUGCUCCUAGUUAUCUCCCCGUCAUGCAACAUGCCAAAAAUCGUGCUCUGCGUGAGGAGGUUUAUCGUGCUUACUUGUCUCGUGCCUCUUCGGGUGAUUUAGAUAAUACUGCAAUCAUCGACCAGAUCUUGAAGCUCCGAUUGGAAAAGGCUAAGCUUCUUGGUUACAGCAACUACGCUGAGGUAAGCAUGGCCACGAAAAUGGCUACGGUAGAGACAGCAGAUGAGCUAUUAGAAAAGCUUCGCAGUGCGUCUUGGGCUCCGGCUGUUCAAGACAUAGAAGACCUUAAGAGUUUUGCAAAGGACCAAGGUGCUGCAGAAGCCGACAGUUUGACUCACUGGGACAUCACUUUCUGGAGUGAGAGGCUCCGUGAAUCGAAAUACGAUAUUAAUGAGGAAGAAUUGCGACCCUACUUCUCACUGCCAAAGGUUAUGGAUGGGCUUUUUGGUUUAGCUAAGACCCUAUUUGGAAUUGAUGUGGCGCCGGCGGAUGGCGUAGCUCCGGUCUGGAACAGCGACGUUAGGUUCUACUGCAUCAAAGAUUCUUCUGGAAAUCCCACUGCUUAUUUCUACUUUGAUCCAUACUCUCGUCCUUCAGAAAAGAGAGGCGGUGCUUGGAUGGAUGAAGUUUUUUCCCGUAGCCGAGUCAUGGCCCAAAAGGGUUCCUCCGUUCGGCUACCUGUUGCGCAAAUGGUCUGCAACCAAACUCCACCGGUUGGUGAUAAGCCAAGCCUUAUGACAUUCCGUGAGGUAGAGACUGUAUUCCAUGAAUUUGGCCAUGCUCUGCAGCAUAUGCUUACGAAAGAAGACGAGGGGCUAGUUGCUGGUAUCAGAAAUAUCGAGUGGGAUGCAGUUGAAUUACCUUCACAGUUUAUGGAGAACUGGUGCUACCACAGGGAUACCUUAAUGAGCAUUGCUAAGCAUUAUCAAACAGGGGAAUCUCUUCCUGAGAAUGUGUACAAGAAGCUCCUGGCUGCAAGAACAUUCCGUGCAGGAUCCCUUAGUCUUCGUCAGCUGAAGUUUGCUACAGUUGAUCUGGAGCUGCACACGAAAUAUGUGCCAGGUGGGACAGAGUCUAUUUACGAUGUUGAUCAAAGGGUAUCCAUGAAGACACAAGUCAUCCCUCCCCUUCCUGAGGAUAGAUUCCUCUGUAGCUUCAGCCAUAUAUUUGCAGGCGGUUAUGCAGCUGGAUAUUACAGUUACAAGUGGGCGGAGGUUUUGUCUGCCGAUGCGUUUUCUGCUUUUGAAGAUGCUGGAUUAGAUGACAUCAAGGCCGUUAAAGAGACAGGACAGAGAUUCAGAAACACCAUACUUGCUUUGGGAGGAGGAAAAGCGCCUCUAAAAGUGUUUGUGGAGUUCAGAGGACGAGAACCUUCCCCAGAGCCUCUUCUCAGGCACAACGGACUCUUGGUUGCUUCUGCUUGAGACAUUUGUGUUCCCCUUAAACUGAUCUCGUCUCUAUUCUAAACAUUUUUCUUGAAUAGAGUCAUCCUCGUACCUUGGUUUGCGGAUUAUUAAUGUCAUCCAAUAAAAUUAAACUUCUUUA